AUGUCGCACUCCAACAUCUAUAAAGAUCUUCCUCCCCUUCCCCACCAUCUUGAGGAGGAGCGUGUACCCAGCAGGUCUUCGUCGGCAGACAGUGCUACUCACCGACCGGCGCUGACGCUGCCCGUACGCCCUGUUACAAGUGCGCAAAUAUCAGCUUCGAGCGUUGACACCGUCGAGUCCUGCGGCGUUCCGAGCUCGAGCCGGCGUCCGCCUCCACUAUUCAGCCAUGUAUCAGUACCAGAAUCAUCGCGUGUGAUCCAACAGCAAGAAUUGACGCCCUUUGUUUCUUCUCUCAAUAAGCAAAACAAAUCGCCUACACCGUUUUUGGAAAGCAAGUCUUUGAAGCGAAAGAACGUCAUGAAGCUGACCCUGGCCACUCCAAAGACAUCGCUGAGCUCUCGCCCUAGCAGCUCGGGCCUGGAGAACCUCAAUUCGUCGGCCUCUUCCUUUGAGCAGUCCGGGUUCAAGGACCCAGACAGAAAAGCAUCCACCGACGAAUUGAUUGCCAACAUCCAAACGCUCGAACUUGGCCUGGAGUACCAGCUGUCGAUCAAGGCAGAGGAACUGGUGAUGCUCAAGAAACUGGGCUCUGGCAACUCUGGAACGGUCUCCAAAGUGCUACACUUACCAACACAGAAAACAAUGGCGCGGAAAACCGUACACAUCGAUGCCAAAGAGGUGAUACAGUCGCAGAUCAUCCGCGAGCUCCGUAUUAUGCACGAGUGCGACUCGCCCUUUAUCAUUGGCUUCUACGGCGCCUUCCUGCACGAAGGGGACGUGGUGAUUUGUAUGGAGUAUGUUGACUGCGGCUCGCUAGACAAAAUUUUCAAGCUGACGGGGCCAUUCCCGGACUUCAUGCUCAAACACAUUGCCUACUCUGUCCUGAGCGGCCUGGUCUACCUUUACGACAACCACAGGAUUAUACAUCGUGAUGUAAAACCAUCGAACGUGCUACUGGACUCAAAGGGAAACAUAAAGCUGUGUGAUUUUGGCGUGAGCAGGGAGCUGAUAAAUUCCAUGGCCGACACUUUUGUUGGCACGUCUACGUACAUGUCGCCAGAGCGUAUUCAAGGGGGUGUCUACAACAUCAAGGGAGACGUGUGGUCUCUGGGUCUGAUGCUAUACGAGCUGGCCUCUGGAAAAUUUGCGUUUGGAGGUGCUCCUGGCGGAGCGGCCCCGGGGGUUUCUGGCCUCAAAGGGGAUCCCCAGAUAAAGACCCCGGACUCGAUUCUGGAUCUGUUGCAGCGCAUUGUCAACGAGAGACCGCCUUCUCUCAAAGAAAGUGAUGGCUACACUCCCGAACUUUGUGAGUUUGUUGAACUGUGUUUGAAAAAGGAAAAGGACAGACCCGAUCCACACGAGCUGCUCAAACACAAGUUUUUAGCCGACUUCCCCGAGUCAAAUAGCUUGAGGGUGUCUGCCAAGUAUCGCUCGGACAUCAAGAAGUGGGCCAAGAAUGUCAGACGCGUCCAAAAAGGCAAACCUACCAAGUAG